AUGUCGUUGCGGUUGUGCAUGAAGAACCUGCCCAAGGGCGCCGACGAGAGGCGCCUGCGGGAGGUGUUCUCGCGGAAGGGCGAGGUCACCGACGCCAAGGAUCUACAUGAAAUUGAGCUUUUGCUUUUGGGCAGGGAUGGCAAGAGUCGGCAAUUUGCAUUCAUUGGUUACAGAACCAAUGAAGAGGCAGAGGAGGCACUCAAGUAUUUCAACAACACAUACAUUGAUACUUGUAAGAUCACCUGCGAGGUUGCCCGAAAGAUUGGUGACCCUGAUGCUCCUCGCCCUUGGAGCCGCCAUUCUUUAAAGAAGCCCGAACAUGCUAGCAAAGACAAGAAUAAUGCUGGAGCUGUUGAUGCACCGCCAAAAGGUUCCAAGGCUCAAGGAACCUCAGCUCAUGUUAGUGGUUCUAAAGGCAGUGUAGCUAAUGAUCCCAAGUUCCUAGAGUUCCUUGAAGAUAUGCAGCCCCGUUCUAAAGCCAAGAUGUGGGCAAAUGAUACAGCUGCUACUCUUGACACCGCUGCAAAAGAUAGCGUAGUAGCCACUAAAGAAUCUAAGGGACCUCUCAAAAAUGUUCCGACCUCUGAGAAUGAUUCAUCUUCUGAAUACACUUCUGAUGACGAGGAAAUGACAAAUGAUUCGUCUUCCGGAAAGGCUUCGGAGGAGCUACAGACAGAGAAUAAACAAGACAAGAAUAUGACUGAUGCAGAUUUCUUCAAGAGUAAAUCAAAUACCACCACUGAUGAUGAAGAAUCGUCAGAUGAAUCACAAGAUGCAAAUAACCAGUUGGCGGAUCUGAAGGGCAAUCUUGACAAGAAAAACAUUGUGGACAAGGACACUAUUGUGGAUAAUACCGACUUGCAAGAGGUGGAAGAUCUUGACAACAAAGAGAGUGAAGAUCUUGAUGGCAGACAAAGAGAAACUGAAAUUCGUGAUGAUCAAGAAGGGGAAGCUGAAAAUGGUGCUCCAAUUACUGAUGAAAAGAAGUUGGCCCUGGAGACUGGUCGUCUAUAUAUCUGCAACCUUCCAUAUGCAACCAGUGAAGAUGAUUUAGUGGAGCUGUGCCGCCAAUAUGGUGAUGUGGAACAGGCACACAUUGUUGUCGAUAAAACCACUAAGCUAUCGACCGGUAGAGGCUAUGUGCUUUUUAGCCUUCCGGACUCAGCAGUCAGGGCACUUGAUGAACUAGAUAACUCAAGUUUUCAGGGCCGAUUGUUACGUGUUAAGGCUGCUAAACCGCUAAAUAAUAAUAAGUUGGAGUAUAAUCAUGAAACUGUUGUGGAGAAAAUGAGUCUCAAGCAGAAAAGGUUGGAACAAAAGAAAGCUUCUGAGAUCAGUGGGGAUACGAGAGCAUGGAACAGCUUUUAUAUGCGUCGAGAUUGUUAUGGUUGGCCGGACCUAUGA